AGCUGGGAUUUAUGAUGCCCAUUAUUUGGGAGAUAAUGUGAUACCCAUUAGAGUUGAUUAAGUCUGAACCCAGGAUUUAGUGCCUAUAGAUUGCUGAUCCUGUCUCGAGUUCACACAACAAUCGAUACCGAGACUGAAUAAUGCUAACAUUUAGACCUAUCUUGGACUGUGAAGGUUUCUGUUUGUGAUUUUAAAACAAUGCCUUGGCAUGAGAGCAAAACACCACUCUCAGGCUCCCCUGGGCUAAAGAAUUUUCAGCAGAUGGUGCUUCUGGUCUGACUUCCCGCUCUCAGCGUUCAGGCCUCUAGGUUACAAGUGAAGCAGUGCUCGUUUGAUCGGUGGCAAGUAGGUGGCUCUUGCAGUCCUCUUUAUCACUGUCCUCUUCAGUGCCGCGAAGAGCAAAAGCAGUGGAGUACACAGUAGCCCUUGCGUCUCUAAGCAAGGGGGAACCUGCAAAAACGAAACAAAGCCAAGGGGGAAGCCGAAGACCCCAGCCUUCAUCUGCCGAGAACUAUGUCUCGCCCUGCACGCAGAAAACCGGAAUACCAAAAAAUAAACAAAGAUCUCUUUGUCCUCACCUAUGGAGCUCUGGUUGCCCAACUGUGCAAGGAUUAUGAAAAAGAUGAAGAUGUGAACAAGUAUUUAGAUAAAAUGGGAUACGGCAUUGGAACACGGCUGGUAGAAGACUUUUUGGCUCGAUCUUGUGUGGGACGGUGCCACAGUUAUUCAGAAAUUACAGACAUAAUUGCCCAGGUCGCUUUCAAGAUGUACCUGGGAAUUACACCAAGUGUGACCUGUAAUAAUUCAAGCAGAAAUGAAUUCUCCCUGAUUCUAGACAAGAACCCUCUGGCGGAGUUUGUGGAAGAGCUCCCUGCUGGGCGGUCAUCCCUGUGCUACUGCAAUCUGCUCUGUGGGAUUAUCAGAGGUGCCCUGGAAAUGGUUCAUUUGGCUGCUGAUGUUACAUUCUUGCAAGACAGACUAAAAGGCGACAGGGUGACAGAAAUAGGAAUAACAUUCCUGAAAAAGUUAGAUGAGAAAAAAUACAGACGGAAAAAGUGAAGAGCAGCACUCAAAGUGCCACAGGCUGACUGGUUGGGGAGUUUUAGCUCAACAUAUACAGCCACCGACAUGCUGAAUUGCUUAAUAGCAUGGGCUUUAAGAGGAUUAUAAAUCAGCUAGAAAUUUGAAAUGCAGUACACUAGGAUAUAAACCUGUUUUUUUCUUUUGCUUUUAAAUUACACAUUUUCAAUCUUGUGUCAAAAUUUCAUAUACAAAUAACUCCUUAUAAGAUAGCAAGCACGAAUUGCACAUAAUGUGUAGUACAGCCUAAGAGGUCUAUUCAUUUCACUGAUUUAUGCUAACAGAAAAAAAAUACCAUGUCACCUAUAUAGCUGGUAUAUUUAUCUCUUCUCAUUGGGAAAAAAAUGGAUGAAAUGAUACAUUAUAGAGCCCACCAUAUAUAGUUUCUAGAUAUUGUACAUUUCAUUCUCUAUAGAAACAGUUCUAUUUUUUAGCAAUCUUUCCUACUUUUGAAAAACUGUGGAUGUGAUUUUUCUCAUAUAUUGGCCUCCUGAAGCUACUCUUGAUUUUUAUCAACAAGGCAAAGCUAUUUAUUUGGAUGCUAAUCCUGAAAUAUUUAACAAUAGCAUUUCAUUUUAAUUCAUUUAAUUUAUUUAAUUUUUAGAUAGCUGGCAUCAACCAAAUUCUUUCUUUUUCUUGUGAAACAUUACUGAUGGUGAGGCCAGGAAAUCACUAAAAUGAGAGGUAAUAAUGUUCUUUGAGAAUACUUUCUUACAUCAAAGCUUAUUCAGUUAGAAUUUUUACUAUCAUUUUUAUCUCCUAAAAACCUCACAAAGGAUAUUUUGUUUGUGACAAUAUCUUUAAAGUUCAAAAUGUACAGGAUUAAAUAAACAAUAAUCUUCACCAGACCUUCAGCUUAGAAGGGCAACCUAUAUGGCAGUCUGGAAUGUACUGGAUUCUAUAGAGAAAUCAAAUUAAAAGCAAAAGUUACAAGUAGUGUGGCACAGUCAGUUAAAACUGCUGUAAGAGAUAUGGUGGUGACAGACCUCAACUAAGACUCAGGAGCUUGAAGACAAGGCCCAGUUCUGUUUCUAGUGGCUUCAGCUGAUGCUGACAAGUGGCUGAUCUUGGGUCAGGUAUAUAAUCUCUCUCUUUUUCUCUAUCUAUCUAUCAUCUAUCUA